AUGGGGUCGAUUGAACCAAAGAGACCAUUUGAAAAGGUUGUAAUCGCGGGAGCCGGUCCCGCCGGGUUGCUCCUCGCCCUGCUGCUCUCGCAACAUAACAUCCCCUCUGUCGUCUUGGAAUCAUGGAACCGACUGGACGAGCGACUCCGGGCGACCCAAUAUGGAGUUCCCGCGACCAGGGUCUUCCGGCGUGCGGGAAUCCUCGACGACUUGCGGGCAGAAAGCAUCGCGAGCUUUCCCAGCAUCUGCUGGCGUCGAGUCAGCGAUCACCAAAAGCUGGCUGGGAUUGACCUCUCCGUCGUCAAAAACCACCCUGACCGCAUGACGAUCCUGCCCCUCAACCAGAUCAUCCAAAUCAUGUAUCGACACUGUAUGGAAAAGACCAACGGGCUGGUCGAGGUCAAAUUCAAUCAUAAGGUCGUGGGUUCAGGUCAGGACGACAACUCUGCCUGGGUUGAUGUCGAGGUUGGAGAAGACGGGGAAGGCAAGGAGAAGAAGAGAUUUACCGCCGAUUAUGUUAUUGGCUGCGAUGGAGCGACCAGUGCAGUGAGGAAAUCUCUGUUUGGCAGAGAAUGGCCCGGCCAGACGUUUGAUUUCCGCUUGAUGGUCCAAAAUGUUUGGUACGACGGCUUCGAGAAACAUGGCUGGGAUGGAGGAAAUUAUAUGGUCGACCCGGACUUCUGGGGCCUGAUCGCGAAACGAGGCAAAGGGGGGCUCUGGCGUGUCACUUACGGUGACAGCGUGGUCGGUCUUUCCGAUGAACAGUACCUGGAACGGCGGAACACCGCCUUCAAAAAGUUACUACCAGGCCAUCCCGAACCCAGCGAGUACAGAAUCACACAGACCGACCAUUUCAGGAUCCACAACCGUUGCGUCGAGAAAAUGCGGGUGGGACGAAUCAUCCUCGCCGCCGACGCCGCCCACGUGUGUAACCCAUUCGGUGGCUAUGGUUGUAUGACGGCAGUUCUGGAUGUCGGUGCCCUGGCCGACUGCCUGAUCGGCCUGUACGAGGGCAAGGCGGACGACAGCAUCCUUGAUUUGUACGCCGAUAUCCGGCGCGAGAAGUUCCUGAAGUAUGUGGACGCGAGGUCAAUGAAGAACAUGAACAGGAUCAUGCACACCGAUCCCUACACGGUUCUGGAGAGCGACAAAUUCCUGCAACUGCUCAAAGGGCUGGAAGGAGACGAGGAGGCGACAAGGGCAUUUCUGUUGAAACAUUCCAGCAUCGAACACGACUUCACUCAGUACUAUAAGGAAAUGUAG